AUGAGACUCCUGAGGGCAAUAGGAUUUUUUCAUGGAAGCACAUUCUUAUUUAGUAGCAUAGUUGGGGCAGGAAUCUUUGUGUCCCCUAAAGGGAUAUUACAGUACACCUCACUGAACAUUCCUAUUUCCCUGAGUAUUUGGGUAAUUUGUGCCCUACUAUCUGUUAUGCAUGCUCUAUGUAUUGCAGAGAUGGGGACCACCUUCCCUGUCAGUGCAGCACCUUAUUAUUUCAUGAAAAGAUCUCUUGGAGCUUCUAUUGCCUUCCUCAAACUUUGGCUUACACUAUUUGCCUAUCCCUUUGGACUAGGUACUCAGAGUUUACUAAUAGCAAGUUUUCUAAUUCAACCUUUUUAUGCUGGGUGCCCAGCUCCAGAGCUAGCAAAGAAAUGUCUCGCUUUGGCUAUUUUGUGGUCACUUGGAAUUCUCAAUGCUCGAGGUGUGACUACAGUGGCUUGGUUUAGUACUAUCAGCAGUUUGAUAAAGAUCAGUGUUCUUUGUUUCAUUUCUCUAACUGGUGUUGUGCUGUUAGUGACUGGGAAAAAGGAGGCUGUUUCCAGGUUUGAAAAUUCUUUAGAUGCCGAAGUUCCAGAUGCCUCACAGAUCGCAGAAGCCAUUCUCCAAGGGUCUUAUGCAUACAUUGGAUCAUCACUUCUGCUCAAUAUAUCAGGAGAGGUAAAAGAUCCUGUGAAAACAAUUCCAAAAUCUUUGAUUUCUGGCAUAUCUAUCGUGACUGUGUUAUACGUGUUGACUAAUGUAUCCUACCUGACAGUUUUGUCACCUCAGGAAAUCAUCUCUUCAGAUUUUGCUGCUGCCACAUGGAUGGACAGAGUAUUUCCUUCCAUACAAUGGAUCAUUUCUUUGGCAAUUUCAUUUUCAGUGUUGAGUAACACUGCCUGUGCAAUACUUUCAGCACCAAGGAUUUUCUACUCUGCAGGCCAAGAAAGACAGCUGCCUUUCAUUUUCUCUAUGCUUAACAGCUACCACUGCCCAGUUGUAGGUGUCACGAAAAUCAUCAUUUUAUCUUCUGUUGUAAUAAUGCUUUUAAAGUUAAUCAAUUUAAUAAAAUAUUUGAUGCUAUCAUCCUUAGUUUUAAGUGAAGUAUCUAUCAUAGCUUUACUUAAACUGAGGUACCAGGAGCCACAUCUACAUAGACCUUACAAGGUGUGGUUGCCAUUUCUGUUUGGGUCGAUGUCUUUUAAUUUGUUUUUAUUUGUUGCAACAAUGAUUAAUACUCCCACAAUAGAACUUAUCUACCAGGCCAUCUUUCUUUUAAGUGGAUUACUGUAUUACUGGCUUCAUAGUCACCUUAAUCAAUAUUCUGGGUUUUUUGAUAACCUCACUUGUUAUUUGCAAUUGAUAUUUAAUGUUUCUCCACCUGAAGAUAAUGAUGACAUUUUUAUGCAGUAG